AUGAAGAGUCAUCUUGUCACCCUGCUGGUUGCUGUCCUGUGUGUGGAGCAAGCUUACCCAUUUAUGUGCUACGUGUGCCAAGAGCAGGAGUCCAACAAGGACUGUUUGACCAUUUCCAUGUGUGCAGAGGAAGACAAAUACUGUGUAACCGUCCGUACCGAUGUUGGAACGGCUUACCCAUUUAUGUGCUACGUGUGCCAAGAGCAGGAGUCCAACAAGGACUGUUUGACCAUUUCCAUGUGUGCAGAGGAAGACAAAUACUGUGUAACCGUCCGUACCGAUGUUGGAACGGCCCAUACACUCAUCUGCUUUUCCUGCUCGGAUGCAUCUUCCAACUGGGCCUGCCUGAAGCCUGUGAAGUGUGGGGAGAAUGAAGACCACUGUGUGACAACGUACGUUGGAGUGGGAUUAGGUGGCAAGUCUGGCCAGUCCAUCUCCAAAGGAUGCUCUCCCAUUUGCCCCAGUGCUGGGAUUAACCUGGGCAUAGCGGCUGCCUCCGUUUACUGCUGCAACUCCUUCCUCUGCAACAUCAGUGGUUCCAGCAGUGUGAAAGCCAGUUACACAGUCCUGGCCUUGGGAGUCCUGGUUAGCUUCAUCUACAUCCUGAGGGCUCGUGAGUGA